CACAUUACACUUCCUCACAGGACCGGCCGUGGAGAGAGAGAGAGGUGGAGAGAGAGAGAGAUAGAGACGGUGUCCCUAAAUAAACCUCGCCGACUCCCCGCAUCUUAUAGGCAUCGCCGUCCUGUCAGAAACCCGUCGGUAUGACUUGACAGAGAAAACGUGCACGAUAGGUGGUAUGUCCCUGAACGCCGCACGGUCAGUUCCGUGCUACGUAUACGGAGGUUUGUGUUGUGGUUCUCGGGGGCCAUAGAGGGCGGUUGAGGGGGAGAACAUCCGGACACACGCAGGGACUGGCUCAGCGGAAGUGAAGAAAUCAAUGCAAUGCUGCUUCUCAGACGCUGCCACAGCCUGACUCGAUUUGGCCCUGUCAGCAUUCAAAGGCAUCCGGUGGCCCCUGCUGUGGCAUCAUGCGCGGCCCGUCUCCGGAGCAACAGCAGUGGUGACGACCAGAGGUCGUACCAGCGCGCCCACAGUCCCAGAUGGAGACAUGGCCUGGCUGGACUGCUCGCGGGUACAGGGACUGUACUGGCUUAUGGCCUCCACAAGCACAAGGCUGAGCAGGUGGACACCAUCAGAACUCCGACCUUAGAGACGACCCUACCUUUUCCCAUCUUCAGCCAGGAAGAGGUCACAAAGCACCGCUCCCUGGAGGAUGGCGUGUGGGUCACUUACCAAGGCGGCGUCUAUGACAUCACUGAGUUUGUGGCCAGGCAUCCCGGUGGGAAUAAAAUCAUGCUGGCGGCAGGUGGUGCAAUUGAACCCUUCUGGGCGCUGUAUGCUGUGCACAACCAAGAACACGUUUUGGAAAUGCUCUCAGAAUAUAAGGUCGGUGAGCUGAGUGCAGAGGACCGGAAGAAGCAACAGGCUGUGAAAUCAUCUGACCCCUACUCCUCCGAUCCAGAGCGUCACCCGGUCCUGCACAUCAACAACCUGAAGCCCUUCAAUGCUGAGCCACCUCCCGAAAUCCUCUCUGACAGCUACAUCACCCCCUCGGCUUUCUUCUUCAAAAGAAACCACCUCCCAGUUCCUCCGGUGGACCCGGCAUCCUACCAGCUCCAUGUGGAGGGACUUCCAGGGGGAGCUCUGACGCUGUCUUUAGAAGACUUGAAGACUAAAUUCCCCAAACACACGGUCACUGCCACUCUGCAGUGUGCAGGUAACCGCCGUUCUGAGAUGAACACGGUAAAGCAGGUCAAAGGACUAAACUGGGGCAUUGCUGCGAUAAGUAACGCCACAUGGAGCGGCGCUAACCUCAGGGAUGUGCUGAUGGCAGCUGGCUACGGGCCAGAUGUGGCCCAGUGGGCUCGCCACGUUCAGUUUGAGGGGCUGGACCAUGAUGUGACAGGCUCGACCUAUGGUGCUUCUAUCCCUCUGAACAAGGCGGUUAGUGAGGAAGGCGAUGUGCUGCUGGCUUAUGAAAUGAAUGGCAAGGAGCUUCCUGCCGACCACGGCUUCCCUGUCCGUGUUGUGGUGCCGGGCACAGUGGGUGCACGGAAUGUUAAAUGGCUUGGGAAGAUCAUUGUGAGCUCAGAAGAGAGCAGCAGCCACUGGCAGCAGAACGACUACAAGGGUUUCUCCCCCGGGACCGACUGGGACACAGUGGACUUCAAAUCUGCACCAGCCAUUCAAGAGCUGCCCAUUCAGUCUGCCAUCACCACACCGGCCGACGGUGCUGUGGUCGAUCGGUCGGAGGAAGAGGUGGUUGUUAAGGGCUACGCCUGGAGUGGUGGGGGUAGAGAGGUGGUACGUGUGGAUGUUUCUCUAGACGGAGGAAAGACGUGGCAAGUGGCCCCACUGAGGACCAGUGACAAGGGACAAGCAGCCGAACCCUCACCUCCACCGGGACGAGCCUGGGCCUGGAAGCUUUGGGAGGUGACGGCUCCUCUUCCGCCUGGAGCUCAGGAACUUGAGAUAGUUUGCAAGGCAGUUGACAACAGCUACAACAUGCAGCCGGACACGGUGCCUCCCAUCUGGAACCUGAGGGGCGUCCUGAGUAACGCCUGGCACAGAGUGAAGGUGAAGAUCAGAGAGGAUGAGGAGGAAUAGACUCACUUCACAUUCUGGUUGCAAACUUAAAUCUGAUAUUUAGACUCAGAAGGAAAAUCAAUGAAGGAAAAAAGAGCAGAUUCACAGAGACCAAGCGCUCACAAUAUUUUAACGUUUUUCAGCUAAUACAGUCGAAUGUUUUCAGUCUUGAAUUUUUAUGCAGUCACAGUUUCCUGAAGGACUUGAAUGGUUUUCAGCAGAACAAACCAUAAACUAAGUUAAAGGUUAUAAAUAACCAGCAGAAGAGUUUUUAUCAAGUAACCACUUUAAUGAAUUUGUGAGUCUGUAAUAUUUAUAGAAAAGAAAUUUACUUUUGUAAACUCCAUCAUCUUCUUAACAUAGAGUUAUUGUAAAUACUAUAUUAAAAGAGUCCAUCUGUGUUAUGUAUAACAAUACAUAAUGAAAAAGUUUGGAUAACACCUUUGGAUCUAGUAGUACUUAGCUUACUGUAGUAAAGUUUUGAGCCUAAUAUUGUGUCAUCUUUUAAAUGAAGGCUACUAAAGAUGUUGUUUUUUUUUUUAGAGAGAACCGUUUACUUGGUGCAGACUGAUGUAGGAAGCUUUAAAACAGCGGUAGCUGUUCCUUAUCUGCAACUGUGACCUUGUUGAUAACCUUUGCAACAGAUCAUGUUUGAGUCAGUGAUUCACCGGAAGAACUACGAGAGGCUGAGAAAUCUACUUCUGCUCUCGUUAAGUAAAUAACAGGUGAACUGUGACAUUUCAGUUCACCCCCCACUGUCUCCAGAUGCCACUGUGAAGACUGAGGCAGAGUUUUGUAGCUUGUGGACAUUUCUGAAGCCCAGUUGAGACUUGAUGGUAAAACAAUGAUUUGGAUCAAAGUGUUGGUACCUUACAAGGAGACAGACAAAACAGAGGAAUGUACCACGAAGCAGUAUUUGCAGUCAGAGAGGAAACCAUAGGUAUAAUUCUGGAUUUUCCGUCUCACAUUAGUGGCUCGUUUCGUAAAACCAGUCCACAGUCCAACUCCUGAUCAAUCAGAUCAAUAGAUCCACCACCGUUCCUACAGGAUCCUUAAAGGGACAAACGAGUGUUUCUUUUCUAUUCAAGUUAUGCGAACAUGUUUAUAUUCCACCUGGUUGAACUUCACUAUCUGCUUUAAACAAAUUGACCUGCCGGUAUCUGUGUUACUCCUCAUAUCUUAUCUUGUUUUAUUUAUGGCUCUGAUAAUGUUGCCAGUACUUUAACAAUGAGUCUGGGUGUCUUGUUCUGGUAGGAGUAGGGAAGGUCUGUACAUCUCUAUGUUGGGGGCUUGUUGCCUUGGACUUCUCAAUCAUCUGAAAUAAUUUAAUGAAGAUUAAAAACCUAAUUUAACAUAUUGUAUUGAGACCAGGAAGCUGAAGAUUGUUUAUACAUUAAUGUACCAAAAUCAUGGUGCAUUUUUCUGGAUUUUAUUUUUGCCUUUGAUACCAAUGUAAAUUCAAAUGGUAAAACUACUUUUACAUAAUGAUUCUUAAAUGUGGCAACAUAAUAAACAGGAUAUAAAGUGACUCAGAAGCAUCUUGUGAAAUGAUGUUGCAGCUGGCAGGAAGCUGACGGGGUGACAGAAGGGACAGAAGUUUAUAGUAAAAGAUUCAAAACUACAGUAAUUUGAGUAGCAGGGAUAGUUCAGGUAGAUUUUUCCAACAAUAUAAAAACUCUGAAUUAAAGCUACAGUCCAUAAGUCACGUAUCUUAAUGAAUUGGGAGGGAGGAAGUUGUCAUGGCGAUGCCUACCCCGACCCUUUGUCCUGAGAAGAGAUUUAAUAGCUUCAUGUUCUUAUUUAAGUGGUUCCAUGCCUGAUAAAUGCAGAAGGACUUAUUGGUUUACCUCAAAAUGGGAAGUUUACUGCUGUUUUUCUUUCUGAUCUGUCUUUGACUCAUACAUGACUAGAAUUGUGGUCAGCAGAAAAACCUUUUGAUAUAGUCGUUCGAACUGGGGAAUUCUGUUGAUGAAAACCAUGAUGGCGGUAUGAGUACAACCAUAAACUACUCACUAAGACGUAGGAAAGAUGACAGUGCCUUAAGAAAAUCAUUUAGGAAUCCCCUUAAAUAAAUAUUGGUCUGUUGCAUAAAACUGGACCAAAUGCUAUACAAGCAGUUUUUUCAUGCUCAGUUUUCUGUUUCAUCAGAUUACUUUGUGUCUUUCUCACUUUGCUUUUGUGUGUCAAAAGCAGCCUCAUUAAAAAAUCUCAUUCUUGUA